GCAAAAACUGUUUCUUCAUUACUCUUAUUACCUCUUCAAUUUCACUCAUUUUGCUUAUCCUAUCAUUCUUUGAGCUCAAGUAUGGUAGCUCAAGAACAAUAUGUAGACCCAGUUGAGGAAAACACUGACUUUGAAGAUCCAUAUGAGGGAGAAGAAACACUCUCUCUUUGUGAUCUUCCUAGCUACAGUGAUGCAUCCAACUGGGAUGACUACUCCAAAGGAGACCAAAGCUUGUCCUCAGACAGUAAUGACUUCUUUGAGUUCUUCAGCGAGGACUUCACUGCCUCUACUUGUUCAACAACAGCAGCAAACAAAAGCAUCAUCUUUUGUGGCAAACUCAUUCCCUACAAAGAAGAACUACCUGACCACCCCGAGAAACCUCAUCAGAACCAAGAAAAACAAAACCACACACGCAAGAAAGGGGUUUUCCGAUGGAAAUCACUCUCUUUCAACAAGACAAGAAGCUCUUCUUCAAAAGGUUCAAAGCUUUUUCGAUGGAAGUCACUCUCUUUCAACAAGACAAGAAGCUCGUCAUCAAAAGGGUCCAAAGGCAAAAAAGUUUAUAAUGACAAGAAUAGCUCAAAGGGUUCCAUUGCCUCAGCCUUACCUGCAUCAAAAAGCCAUGUUUAUGCAACUAGCAAGUGUGAUUUAUCAGUUGGAAAAGUGACAAUGUUAACAUCUCCAACAAAAUCAAGGUGGUAUUUGUUCAUGUUUGGGAUGACUAGAUUUCCAACAGAGAUGGAGCUGCGUGAUAUUAAGAUGAGGCAGAGUCGUAAAAAGAGCCCAUCAAUGAUGUUUAGGUCUGUUGAAUGUGAUAACAUGGUUAAAAGCAAUGAGAGAAGUAGAAGGAAAGGGUUGUGGAGGCUACUAAAGAUUUUGGGGUCCAGGAGCCAGCAUCUAAACGCUGUCGUAAAAGCUUCCUUUGGUUGCAUUCCAUCCACACGUGUGACAUAGGGUGGUGCUAGUGCUAGUAUGUGUGCCCCAACAAGCCAAGAUUGACUGUGUUGUUCAUGUGCCAUGCAAUAAGGGUCUGAAUUUUGAAUGAGAGAGGCAAGAGCUAGCCAAGAACAGAGUUGGUAGGUACUAGUUAGUGUAUGAUAGGGGACAUUCUUGACUGGGCCAUCAAUGUUUUGUAUUCUGGGAAAGUCAAAUAUUUUGUGGCAAUAGCUAUAAUAACAUAUAAA